ACUCUUCUUCCCUCGGGUAAUCGUGAUUAUGAUGGUCAGUCAACAGUUUUCCGUUUUGAUCGCGGAUCAUACUAGUGCCAAUAAAUAAGGAAUUGUGAUUUCACGUAUGUUCUAUAUAGAAUGGACGACAUAAAGAUGCUUGAUUGUUUCCAUAAAACUGGUUUUCGGGGUAUUUCGCUUUCUGGAAUAAUGAAUGACAAACUAAAUGGAUAAACUGCAAACAACUUUUGCGUUGUAUCUGCAUGCAGUCAGUGGAUACCUUGCCACAGAAGAACACAUUUGGUAUAAGAUCGUUAGAAAUAUGUUUGGAAUUAUAAGGGUUUUGCUGUUGUGGUACAUCUUCUAUGUGAAGCGUGUCGAGUUGGCGUCUUGCGAUGGAGAAUGCUUACCAAUAGCUUGUGAUAAAAAUAAUGUCAUCAAUGGAAAUGAAUCCCCGGAAUUCAACUUAAGAUUACAAUCCACCGAGUGUGAUCACAUUUUGGAAGUAUGUUGCCAACCAAGUAAAAUUACGCCUCUAACACUACUUGCCCCCAUGCGCACCGUCGGUAGUAAAGAAUGUGGCAUCAGGAACGUCGAUGGAGUUGGCUUUCACAUCACGGGAAAUACGGAUGGAGAAUCACAAUACGCUGAACUACCAUGGACUUUAAUGGUACUGACCAAACUGAUUGUACUUGAUGAGUCCAAGCACAUUCACGUGGGUUCUGCCUCACUAAUUUCACCUGGUGUGGCGUUGACUGCCGCUCACAUAAUAUCCAAAGCCUAUAAUGGAGAGAUAUUUGUUCGUGCAGGUGAAUGGGACUUGAAUGGAGAUAAUGAGCUUUUACCAGUAGAGCAUCGUAAAGUAUCUCGAACGAUAAUACACGAAAAAUAUAACUCACAACAUCACAACAACAUUGCUUUGUUGAUAUUUGACAAACCAAUAGAGUCGGAUCAACACAUCCGAUUGAUAUGCCUACCCUCGGUAUCAGCUGAAUAUGACCACCAAGCAUGCCUAACUGGGGGCUGGGGAGAAAGCAAAUUCGAGGAUAAGCAAAUGGUGAACAUUAUGAAAAAAAUUCAAGUUCCCUUGAUUGACAAUGAUCAGUGCGAGAUUGCCUUCAGGACUACAAGGCUGGGACAGAAUUUCAAUUUGGACAAAAGUUACAUCUGCGCUGGAGGAGAGGAGAAUGUUGAUGUUUGCACUGGUGAUGGUGGCGCUCCGCUGAUUUGCCCAGAUUCCAACGGGAUCUACUAUCAAAUCGGUAUAGUUGCAUGGGGAAUAGGAUGUGGUCAGCGGGGUAUACCAGGUGCGUAUACCAAUGUAGGAAUGUUCAAAGAAUGGAUUGAUGAGAAGGUAAAAAUGUUAUAAGAUGUUUGCAAGUAAAUAAAAAUAAUGU